GAGAACUACGCCUCCCGGCAUUCCCGGCGGCCACGACCGGGGCGGAGCUGUUGGCCGAGGGGGCCGGCUGGAAGCGGAUGACGUCAGAGCGCGAGCGGAGCGUCGGCCUAUCCGGAGCGAGGCGGAAAGUCAAGCCGGAGGUUGGCGGGAAAAGCGAAGCCGCGUCGUCCGGGGCUGAUGGGCGUUGUAGUCCAGGCGAUGGCGCCGCUGAGGAUCCGCUGCGUCGUCUCCUUCUCCUCGCAAGACCCCAAAUACCCCGUGGAGAACCUCUUGCUGGAAGAAAGAGCUCAGCCCUGGCUCUGCUGCCCCUUGGACCGCAGCCGGCAGAUGAGAGCCGAGUUGCAGCUGGAGCAGGCUGGCUGCAUUGGCUACAUCGACGUAGGGAACUCGGGCUCUGCCUUCCUGCAGAUCGAGGUGGGCCGGUCCUCGUGGCCUCCGGAUCGGGACUACCUCACCCUGCUCCCAACCACCACCUUGAUGGUGCCAGCGGAUGCCAAGCAGGACAGGAACCGUUCUGGGGUCCGGAUGUUUAAGGAAGGGGACUUGCUGGCACCUGCGCUGGCAGAGAAGUGGGACCGGUUGAGGCUCACCUGCAGCCAGCCCUUCAACAGGCACGCCCAGUUUGGCCUGGCCUUCCUCCACAUCCGCACCCCAGAGGAUUCAGAGGAGCGCCAGGGGGGUCCCGCGGCCCCCUCCCCGGGCCAGGCUUCUCCGGAGUCGGCCUCCAAGCCAGGGGUCUUCGGGGGGCCCCUUUCCCCAGCAGGGCCGUCAUGUGGCACCCAGGAGGAGAGGCUGCUCAAGCGCCAGCUGCAGCAGCUGGACUCGGCCCUCCUUGGCAAGACCCUGAGCCCUUCGGGUUUGAGUCGCCCAGCCCGGCUGGUCCUGAAGGCAGCAGCCUCUGCCCACAAGCGAGCCCCUCUCCUGCCCGCCGGGUCUCCACCGCCGCCUGCUGCACGGAGCAAAGAGGCUGGGCGGGCCCCCAGGGCAGCCCAAAGCCCCGGGGCCCCAAACCAGCCGUUCUCUUGCGGGAUCUUGCAAAGCGCCCAGAUCUCCGCCGGUUGCUCUUUAACCGGCAGGCUGAUCCCGGGGGAUUCACCUUGCCGGCACGUUUCCUCCCUCAGGGCCCACAGAGGAUCAACCCGCCAGCAGCAGCCGCUUGAAAACAAAGAGGAGAUCGCAGGGCGGCUCCAGGAGCCGUCCAACUGGAAGGAAAUAGUCAACAAGAAGCUGAAGUUCCCCGAGGGUCUCCUGGCUGCCAUCCAAGAUGGGCAGCUGGUUAAGAUCCAGCAGAUGCUGCACGUCAGCGACGGGAUCUUGCGGCAGCUGGACGAAAGCGAGGACCGGGCCUGGCGCGAGGCGCUCAACUUGGCCAUCCGCACAGGGGGGGUGGAGAUCACCAAGACCCUCUUGCGCUUCGUGAAGUUCGACUUCCGGCAGGUCCACGAGGCCCUCCUGGUGGCCGUGGACACCAACCAGCCCAGCGUGGUCAAGCAGCUCCUGGACCGGCUGGACCAAGAGAAAGGCAUGAAGAUGGACAUCAAGUCCUUCUCCAUGGCCUUCUUCGACAACUCCAUCGACAACUCCCGUUUCGCCCCCGGGGUGACCCCGCUCACCUUGGCUUGCGAGAAGGACCUCUACGAGAUCGUGGACAUGCUGAUGAAGAAGGGCCACACCAUUUCCCCGCCGCACAAGGUCUCCUGUGCCUGCCUGGAUUGCUCCAACGGGCGGAAGUUUGACCUGCUCAAGUUCUCGCUCUCCCGCAUCAACACCUACAAGGGCAUCGCCAGCCGGGCCUACCUCUCCAUCGCCAGCGAGGACCCCAUGCUGACCGCCUUCAAACGCAGCCGGGAGCUCAAGUGGCUCUCCAAGAAGGAACCGGAGUUCAAGCCAGAUUACCUGGCGCUGGAGGACCUGUGCCAGGAGUUUGCCUUUGAGCUCCUGGGCAUGUGCCGCAACCAGAGCGAGGUGACGGCCGUCCUGAACGAGCUGGGGGAAGACGAGAUGGACGAGGAGGACGACGGGAUGGACGACCAGGCCUUCGAGGAGGGCAUCCCCAACUUGGCCAGGCUCCGACUGGCGGUCAACUACAACCAGAAACGGUUCGUGGCUCAUCCCGUCUGCCAGCAAGUCCUGUCGUCCAUCUGGUGUGGGAGCCUGCCCAGCUGGCGGGGCAGCAAAAGCCUCUGGAAGGUCUUCGUCUCCUUCUCCAUCUUCCUGGGGAUGCCGUUCCUGUCCCUGACCUAUUUCUUCGCCCCCAAAUCCAAGCUCGGCAAAAUGCUGAAAAUCCCGGUGAUCAAAUUCCUGCUGCAUUCGGCCUCCUACGUCUGGUUCUUGGUCUUCCUGCUGGUGGAGUCCCUGAUCCUGGAGCACCACCAGGACACCUUCCAGGGGCGCAACCAGAGCAUGUGGGAGACGUCCCUCCACAUGAUCUGGGUGACAGGCUUCUUCUGGUUUGAGUGCAAGGAGGUCUGGAUCGAGGGGCUGCGCAGCUACCUGCUGGACUGGUGGAACUUCCUGGACAUCGUCAUCCUCAGCAUGUACUUGGCUUCCUUUGUGCUCAGGCUGCUGGUCUACCUCAAAGGGCAGGUUUUCUGCCUGGACAUCCAGCCUUCCACUCCGGAGUGCUACUAUUACACCCAAGCUAAGCGGCCGGAUUGGCACACUGAAGACCCCCAGUUCAUGGCCGAGGUGCUCUUUGCUGUCACCAGCAUGCUGAGCUUCACGCGCCUGGCCUACAUCCUCCCUGCCCACGAGACCCUGGGGACGCUCCAGAUUUCCAUUGGGAAGAUGAUUGACGACAUGAUUCGAUUCAUGUUCAUCAUGAUGAUCAUCCUGACUGCUUUCCUCUGUGGCAUGAACAACAUCUAUGUCCAUUAUCCGUCAUCGGAGCGUCUGGGAAGCUUCAACAAGACCUUCCAGUUUCUCUUCUGGACGAUGAUGGGGAUGGAGGAACACAACGUGGUGGACAUGCCCGAGUUCUUCGUGGCUGAGAUGGUGGGCCAGGUGCUCUAUGGGAUCUUCACCAUCGUCAUGGUGGUCGUCCUUCUCAACAUGCUCAUUGCCAUGAUCACCAACUCUUUCCAGAAGAUCGAGAAUGACGCCGACGUAGAGUGGAAAUUUGCCCGCUCGAAGCUCUACCUGUCCUUCUUCAGGGAAGGAUUAACGUUGCCGGUUCCCUUCAACAUCAUCCCGACGCCCAAGUCCAUCUUCUACGCCAUCCGAGGCUCCUUUCGCUUCAUUUGCUGCCACAAAGGAAAGAAGAGCCAGAAAUAUCCCCCGAUCAACACCAUUAGCAAUCCCUCGGUGGAAGAGGGGGGCGGCCGGACGGAAACCCGCCUGUCUUAUCGGCGCCAGGUGCUGAAGGCUCUGGUGCAGCGCUACAUCGACACGGCCAGGAGGGAGCUGGAGGAGAGCCGGAGGAAAGAUCUGGGGAACCGCCUGACCGAGUUGAACAAGUCGGUGGUGCGUCUCCACACGGAGAUGAAGCACCUCCGGCAGUCGGUGACUACCGGUGGGGUGGCCGCAAACCCCCUGGACGGGGCCAGCGUGCUGCGCAAGUACAUCAUGAAGGUGCGCAACAGCUUCCAGAACUACGAGCCCGACAUGGGGGGCGACGGCCAGGGCUCCCCCGUGGAGGUGGUGGUGCACCAGGACCUGCCCCUUGUCAUGGAGGGGGCGCUGCCGUUGCUCCGGGAGGAGAAGGAGGGCCAGGCGGGGGGCCAGGCGGAGGCCGAAACGGAGGCCAGGGUGGAGGAAGAAGUGGGGGGCGAGGCAGAGGAGGAGGUGGUGGACAUGUUGGGGGCCGAGGAGGAGGAGGAGGCCGAGCCGGUCAUUCCUGACUACGAGCCUCAGGAGGAGACCGAAGACCAGGUAGCUCAGCCACCAGAAUCCUGA